UAGUCUCAGUGUCUUAUAUUUCUUUGCAGUGAUAUUUAUAAACUGUACAUGUCUGAGGUUGUUUAUAUAUUGGCUAUUUAAUCUCUGCAUCUUCCAGUAGGUUUUUGCUCUGUGAAGCUAGUCAGACCGUGAAGUUUUCACAAUCCCCCGCCCCCCACAGAAGCCAUAUUGUUCCUAAUACUCUGAUAAUGUGUUUGCUGUGAGAAACAUGCUGUGUGUAUUUUGUCUCACUUGUACUAACUGUAUGUAGAUUACGCGUGUCACUUUUGACUCAUUCUUCACUCCAUAGCCUCGUGUGUGUGUUUUGUGUUUACUUUUUGAUUGGACGGAUCUGCUUGCUGUUUUAUACCCUAGUUUUGCUUUGUGACUUCUUGAUUUGAAAUUUGUUACCAACUAAAGUAGUCUCUGCUGGCGCUGUGUGGCCGAGUGGAGGACUGAUAUAUACCGCUAGCUAUCAGCUAUGGCAGACACAAAGACGGAGAUCUUGAGUUCGGACCCCACAGGAGGAAUGGUGGCCAACUCCACUCCCCCUGCCACCAAUGGCAAAAACAACCUCUCAACGUCCACAAAGAAGUUCAAAGGCGUCAAGGUCUGCUGCGGCGACCUGCGCAAAUAUCUGUAUGGCGUGGACACUUAUCGCCAGGCGAGCAUGCUGCGGAAAGGUCGGGAGGUGCACAAGAUCUACGUGGACGUCCACAAAGGUGUCAGUUUCCUGGACGAUCGCUUCUCCCUCACCGAGUUUGGCAAGAUGGUGCUGGAGAAUGGGUCCAUUAGAGCUGGCCGCGCCCGCAAUGUGCCACAGAUUGUGGUGGCCAGGGAGACUUUGUACUGCAGCGGGACAGGGGGCUGCAAGCGGGCGUGUGGAGGAUACGGAGCUUGUGUUUCUGGCUGCGACAAAAUCAAGGUCAGGGGUCACAAGUGUAGCUUCCGGGUCAAGCUGACCAUGCGUCUGGGAUUUGUGGACUGCUGGUUUGUGGAGAUCCUGGGCAGCCACAACUGUUAUAUCGACGACGGAGAGGCGCCCAACGACGUGUCCAAGAUGGCGGCUGACUACGAGAACAAGAGCAGCGAUGGGGAGGACAGCAACCUCAGCAGCUCCCAGCGUGUGUCACCAGCCUCUGACACCCCUGGGCCUCUCAUCUCUGUCGGGCAGAACGGGACAAGCUUCCUGAGGCCCGAUACUGUGGGAGGAGGGGGUCUCCAGCUGCCGCCCCCGCCCUCCCCCUCGGCGGCUAUGUUGAUGACCUCGGCGCACUGCCCACUCAACAUCCCCAUGUUCCCCGAGUCGUACUUGAUGACGGUGGCCAGGAACGCUGCGGCUGCCGCGGCCAUGAGCAGCAGCAACCACCAUCACCCCCGCGACCAGAUGUCUCCGCUCAGCCUCACGGGGCUCAAGAGAGAGCGCUCCCCGCCCGACGUCAUUGUCCCGGAGAUCAUGAAUGGCUACCUCCCCCCCGCCAUCAUCCCCCCGUUCGGCCUUCUCCCCACCGCCUCCACCCCCACCCCACCCCCUGGCCUCGGCGAGAAUGGCCACCACCCCCACCACCGUGCCAUGAGCACACCGCCGCUGGACGCUAUGGACCUGUCCACCCCCAAACUGACCCAGGCAGAGGACGCUCCGCGCGACCUGUCCAUGCAUACGGUCAUAAAGUCCUCUCCUCCCACUUCACACAGCACACCCACUGGCCACCCCUCCAGACAGUCACCAAAGAUUCACCUCUCCAAUGGCCAUGAUCUUGGCAGGGGUCCGGGCUCCGCUUUACUCAACGGUUUCGGAACCAGCAACAACAAUAACAACAAAUUUGGUAAAGCCAGUGGUGGCAGCACGAUGAGGACCAAGUCUCGAUACAGUGCCAACGGCCGCACUAAUUCUAGCAGCCCUCACAGCCCCCACUCCCCAACCCAGCCCGCCGCGGUCUCCCUCUCUCUCAAACUCAGUCCUACCUCCUUUGUGUCUGAGCCCGACACCUCUCUUCAUCACCGCUCCCCUUUGUCUUCCUCCCCAAAUCCUGCCUUUUCCUCCUCCACCUCUACUCUCCUCCCCUCCUCCUCCUCUGUCAAGCCUGGGUGUGCGGCGGGUGGCAGCAUGGGUCUUCAGACCAACAACAGGAGCCGUAAGAACCCUUCGCGUUGUCUGCGGCCAUACCAGAGUGUGCACGCCUCUGUCCUGUUCCAUCGAGAGCCACAGCCACGUCAGGACGGGAGGUCUUUGGAGGAGGAGGAGAUCAAGUUAGAACCAAUGAAGACGCCUCCCGCCGAUGAGGAAGAAGAUGAAGAAGAAGAAGAUGAUGGUGAUGAUGAAGAUACGGAAGAGGUGGACAAGGUACAACACCCGCCACGUGGCCCUGAAGGUGGCCUACCUGGGCUGGGACUAUCACGGCUUCGUUGUGCAGGAGGACUCGGACAAGACGGUGGAGGCUGCGCUCUUCGAAGCUCUGAUCAAGACGCGACUCAUUGAGUCCAGAGAGACGUCCAACUACCACCGCUGUGGCCGCACAGACAAGGGGGUCAGUGCUCUGGGUCAGGUCAUCUCUAUUGACUUGAGGACAAACCUUCUGAAGGGCGUGGGGGUCAAAGUUCGUGAAGGAGGCACAGCCGAAUCACGAGAAGGGGACAAAACCACCGAGGUCCGCUAUGUCCACAUCCUCAACAAAGUUCUGCCCCCUGAGAUCCGAGUGCUGGCAUGGGCUCCGGUUGACCCAGGGUUCAGUGCCAGAUUCAGCUGUAAAAAGAGAACCUACAAGUAUUAUUUCCCCAAAGGAAACCUCAACAUUCAGAAAAUGUCGGAGGCCGCGGUGAAGCUGGUGGGAGAGCACGACUUCCGAAACUUUUGUAAGAUGGACGUCGGGAACGGAGUGGUCAACUUCACACGCAAAAUUCUCAAGGCGGAAGUGGCCGUGUUGGAUGAGAUAGAGAACGGUUUCUCCAUGUGUGAGCUGACGGUGGUGGGCCAGGCCUUUCUGUGGCAUCAGAUCCGCUGUAUCGUCUCGGUGCUGUUCCUAGUGGCUCAGGGGAAGGAGUCGCUCGAGACUGGCAUGAAGACAACAUUCGACACCUCCAGCAGAUGUGGGCCCAGCAUUCUGUCAGAGCUACCAUGUUGAAGAGGAUGCUCAAGGAGCUGGAUGUGGCCAAGGUGGAGACUGAAUCGGACAUCGCCCCGUGGAAUGAGCUGAGCGCUCCCCUCCUGCAGCAGUCCGAGUGGCUCAUCCCUGGCAACAAGCCACGGGUCCACAAACCUUUGUUCAAGAGACAGUUGUGUGAGAGUCUGGAGCAACGCAUCGAGUACUACGCCAAGAGGAGAAAACUGAAUGAGACGGAGACUGCAGCUGCUGGGGAAGACGAGUCGUCUGCUUCCAAACCCACUUCCUGAUGUCUGUGUCUGUUUUCGGACGAAAGUCUUUGUUUGUCUGUAAAGAGAUGACCGACCAACGUCUUUGUCUGUGCGGAGAGAAGACCGAUGCCUUCAUUUUGUCGUCUUCACAUCAUUGGCCGGUGAUGAGGAGAAAGAUUUGCCUUCUGUUAUCAAAGCCUUGUAGACUGCGUGCAGCAUCAUGGCCGGUGGUGGGUCAGGAAAGGGAUGACCUUCCUUUCUGUCAGCUCCUGUUGUUGUUGCUAUAGUUACUGCAAGGUUUUGAUAUUGUUGCUAUAGUAAUUUCAAGUUACUGUUGUUGUUGUUGCGAUAGUUACUGCAAGGUUUUGCUGUAAUUUUUAUAGUAAAUUCAAGGAGCUGAUGGUGUUGCUAGAGUGACAUCAAAUUACUAUUGUCUUUGCUAUAACUAGUGCAAAUAACCAAUAAUAACAAAUGUUGUCGCUAUAGUAACUUCAAGUAAACCAUUUUUAUUGCCAUAGUAACAUCAAAUGACCUGCAACUUUUUGUGACAGUAGUGUCCAGUGGGCCUAAAGCUGCCACCCUCCAGCCCCCCCUUGUACUGUGUUUGUGGCAGUGACUACUGGGUGGGAGGUGAGCAGGGCAAGGGGAUACAGGAUGGGCUAGGUUCUUUCACAUGCAGUUGGCAGUCAUUUGUGUGUGUGUGUGGGGGGGGGGGU